AAGACACAAUUAAGCUACACACACUAAGUACACAAAAAGAGAAAUUAACAUAAUCUAAUCAGAGAGCAUGGCUUCUUCCUCCAAGCCUUUCCUUGGGCUUCUCCUGUCCAUCACUUGCCUCAUGCAGCUCCUAAUGGCGGCGGCGGCGGACCCGCCGCCUGAGCGGCCGUGCGAGAAGAAGUCCGACAGGGAGAUGAGGUACAUGUUCUCGCAGUGGAUGGCCAAGUACGCGAAGCAGUACUCGUGCCCGGAGGAGGAGGAGAAGCGGUACCAGGUGUGGAAGGACAACACCGACUUCAUCGGCGGCUUUGCCAGCCAGACGGAGAUCUCCUCCGGCGUCGGCGCCUUCGCGCCGCAGACCAUCACCGACUCCUUCGUCGGCAUGAACAGGUUCGGGGACCUCAACUCCGACGAGUUCGUGCAGCAGUUCACCGGGUUCAACUCCACCGGGUUCCGGGCGCCGCUGCCCACCCCGAUCCCGCCGCAGCACUCGUGGCUGCCGUGCUGCGUCGACUGGCGCUCCACCGGCGCCGUCACCGGCGUCAAGUUCCAGGGCUCCUGCGCGUCGUGCUGGGCGUUCGCGGCGGCGGCGGCCAUCGAAGGCCUGCAUAGGAUCAAGACCGGCGAGCUGGUGUCGCUGUCGGAGCAGGUGAUGGUGGACUGCGACACCGGGAGCAACGGGUGCGGCGGCGGACGCUCCGACACGGCGCUCGGCCUCCUGGCCUCCCGCGGCGGCGUCACGUCGGAGGAGAGGUACCCGUACACGGGCGUCCGGGGCGGCUGCGACGUGGGCAAGCUGCUGUCCGGCCACUCAGCGUCCGUGUCGGGCUUCGCCGCCGUGCCGCCCAACGACGAGCGGCAGCUGGCGCUGGCGGUGGCGCGGCAGCCGGUGACGGUGUACAUCGACGCCAGCGCCCCGAAGUUCCAGUUCUACAAGGGCGGCGUGUACCGGGGCCCCUGCGCCGCCGGGAGGGUGAACCACGCCGUCACCAUCGUCGGCUACUGCGAGAACAUCGGCGGCGACAAGUACUGGAUCGCCAAGAACUCGUGGAGCAGCGACUGGGGCGACCAGGGCUACGUCUACCUCGCCAAGGACGUGUGGUGGCCGCAGGGCACGUGCGGCCUCGCUACCUCGCCCUUCUACCCGACGGCCUGA